ACCGUUCUUACUCUCGUCCGGUGUUGUUGAUUCAUGUGGCUGUUACUGUGAAAUAAGUCGCUGAAACCACACAUCCCUCUUAUAAGUAGUUAAUGAACUGACCUCCAAAUGUCACCCCCCCCAUCCCUUUCAUCGAAUCCAAUCUCAGCGCCGCCACAGAACACCAGUGAUGUCAUUUACACCAGGGACCCGUGCCUUGGGCUGGCCGUGAGCCUGUUGGCCCUCUGGGAAGGCAUCAGCUGAUCCACUCGGACCUUGAAUUACAGCCCAAAGCCGAAAUACAUAUAAAGCCGACCCCAACCCAGCCGAGGUAACCCUCCUGGCCUAGGGGGCAGGUCAACAACACCAUCGGGUCAUUCAACAUGAGCCCAACACGCCUCCAGCCGCCGUUGCGGAUCGCCAUCCUGCUCAACUCGUACCGCUCGCCCUUCAUCACCGAGAUCCGGGACUCGUACGUGCGCUCCACCGGCGCCGUCGCCGGCGACGACGCCGAGCUCACCUUCUUCCUCCCGGCCGAGAAGCCGGACGACUUCCCGGACCCGGACGCCUUCGACCUGAUCGUGGUCGGCGGCGGGAACGCCGACCCGCGCAAGAGACACCCCUGGAUCCUGCGCGUCCACAAGUUCAUCCUCGACGUGGUUGCCAACCACCCACGGACGAAGCUCUGCGGCAUAUGCUGGGGCCACCAGACCAUCUCGAUGCUGUUCGGUGCCGAGCUGGUGGACAUGGAGACGCCCGAGUUGGGUGUCACCGACGCCAAGCUGACGCCGGUUGGCCGCCGUUUCUUUGAGAGACAGAGCGGCAACGGCGCCGUCCGGUUACAGCAGCACCACCGGCGGGGGGUUGGCACGCCUCCCAGGGGCUUCUACGAGCUGCUCGUUGGUCACCAGGCCUUCCUGAGCCACAACCGCGCGAUUCUGACGCUGCAGGGGCACCCCGAGAAGGAUGCCCAUUGCGCUAAGCUGAGGGUGCGGGAUGCCACCCGGUGGUUUGGCGUGGACGAGGGCGACAAGGCCGCUCUUUUGCAAUUCGAAAUGGCCAUGGACAGAGAGCACGACGGCCCCGAGGUUUGGGAUAGGAUUUUUGAGUGGGCACGGGAAGAGCACCCUGGCCAUGGGGUGCGCCUAUGACCCAGAGAUGAGCCAUAGGAAUACCAAUACCAACCUUGUCACUUUAAGUCAAGGGGCAAUGCAUCCACUCCCAGAAACAAAUCACACAACCCUACAGCAUCAAA